CUCAUUUCGUGUGGCUGGUGGAAAUUUCUUCUGUCUGUUUCAUAUUUUCGAUUCCGAUCGCUAUGGACUUCCGCAGCUUGUCAAGGAGAGAGCUCCAAGCACUCUGCAAGAGGAAUAAGAUUCCGGCCAAUACCACUAAUGUUGCCAUGGCCGACGCCCUUUCCGUUCUUCCAUUGGUUGAAGGAAUCGAGGAGUUUUUGAACGGCGAAGGAUCUGGAGUACCGGAAUCACCGAUGAAACAAGAGUUUGUUAACUCGGAAAUUCUUCGAACUGCACAGAGAACCACGACCAGAAGAAAGACCGUCAAAGAUGAGUCAGUUACUACUCGAACACGCCGUGCAGCAGCAGCGAGAUGUACAGAGGAAUCGGAAAACAGAGAUCUAAACGCGGUUUUAACUACUCCGUCUUUAGCGAGUGGCCGGAGAAGAACGGCGGCGGCUUCUUCAGCUUGCAAAAAGGUAGAUUUUCAGAUGACGGUCGAUGUCGUUGAGAAAGAGGACAACGAUUUAGAUCAAGAAAAGAAUGAUAUUGAAAAAACGCCUUCUAUUGUUGAAAGCCGUAAGAGAGUAGCGGCUGCUUCGACACGUAGAAGAACUGAGACUCGGAAUAAUGGAGCUACGGAGCGACGAGUGUAUAGUACAAGAAGGUCUGCUAGAUUGUUGGAGAAGAGCAUGGAGAGCUUGAGUUUAGGAGGUGACGAGAAAAGGGAGCCAAUUAGUGUCCAUAUGUCGUUCGAUGAAAUGCCUGACAGUAUAGGAUCUGUGAAGGAGGAUACGAGCAUAGAAGUUGAGUCCGUGAAGGAGGAUACGAGCAUAGAAGUUGAGUCUGUGAAGGAGGAUACGAGCAUAGAAGAAACUGAGUCAAAUAAAACCGAUGAAAGCAAAUUGGAUGAUGAUUUGGAGGAGUCCAAGCAACCCGAUGAAAGCAAAUUGGAUGAUGAUGAUUUGGAGGAGUCGAAGAAAACCGAUGAAAUCAAAUUGGAUGAUGAUUUGGAGUUGGAAAUCGAUAACCAAGUGAAGAAUAAGCUGGAGUCUGUAGUAAAAGUUUCAGAGGCUGAACCAGAAGUUGAUCUUGAUUCGUUGAAUUGUGAAGCAGAAAAUCUCAGUACUGCACAGAAUGACUGUUCUGAAACAGAAGCACCCGACAAUAAUCUGAAUGUGAAAUGCCUCCCUGAAGUUGAGGAGGAAGCAAAUGAAGCUUCUAAAGACGAUGAUGCUGGUGAGGUUUUUGCUGAGGAAAUCAAAGACUCUGACAAUUUCCCUCUCCCCACUGAAGUUGUCGACCAGACAGAAGUUUACAACUCGAGUAUUGUAGAACAAUCCAGUAAGGAAGUGGAACAAAAUGAGUCUAUUUGUGAAUCAGAAUGGGGAAGUGAGGAAGAUGCUGAAGAAGAAGCCGAACUCACUAACAUUUCAGCAGAAUUGUCUCUUCCCCAUGAGAAUGUGGAAGAGGAAAUUGAAGAUGACGAUGAACUCAUAAAAUAUUCUACUGAUUUAUCUCUGCCCCAUGAGGAAGAACAAACCCAAGUCGAUGAUGAUGACUUAACCAAUCUUAAAGAAUCUGUUAUUGAAGUGAAAGAUGACGAUUUGGAGUUGGAAGAACCCGAAGUAAUAAUGGAGACGGUUUCAGUUCAAGCUGAAAAAGAUGAUGCAGUGAACUCCAUGGACUUCCCGGAGACUGUUUCUGAAGAAGAUCUGGUCGAUGUCUUGAGCAAUGUUGAAGAAUCUGUUGUGGAAGUGAAAGAUGACGAUUCAGAGUUGGAAGAACCCGAAGUAUUGGAUCCAGAAGACAUCAUAAACGUCGACGACGCCGUGGAUUCACAGCUCGAAAUCCGAAACGACAUCCGAUGUGAGGAAGAAACAAUUCCCAGUUCCUCAAACAUCAAGAUCAAUGGAGUUCAAUCAUUACCACCCUCUUUCGAAGCUGACCAAAUGGCAUUGGCAAACCAAUUUCCGAGGCCGACAGUAGAAACCAAAUCACCAGUUAAAGACCAAUCCAUUCAGCUGCUAAUCGACAACUCAGAUACUGAAGAAGAAGAUGAAGAUCAUAAAGAACAGGACAAAGAAAUCUUGAUGAUUCAGAGGCAAAACGUGGAGAAAAAUGAUGUAAGCUUAAGACAGCUGCGAAAGAUGUUCAAGCAACAACUCCAACUUAGCAAGAAGAAAAUGGACAACAACGACGACAACAACAACAACACAAAGGUUGUUGUUGGUGGGGGGAAGCUGAGAACUGCUUUACAGCCACUGGAAGAAAACAGAAUGGUAGCCAUGAAUGAAGUGGAGAAGAGAUUAUAGAGGUCUUUUUAUUAGAAUUUUGUGGUGCUGCAUGGGUUCAAACUGUGGUUUGCCUCGUAGUUUUGUGGUUGGUGGGGGGGUUUUAUGUUCUUCCAUAAUCCCUUUUGAGAGAGGGAAAAUGAGGUAAACAUUUAGUUUGUCUGAUUUUUGUUGUUACAAUAAUGCUAUGUAGUUUUUGAUUCUCAACACAACAAAAACUAGCAUAUUUUUGCUUCCUUUAGAGAGAGAAAUAUAAUACAUUUCUAUCUAAAAUAAUUGUGUUCUAUUUUUUCUAGCUGAGAUGAAAGAAGCUGUGUAGUUUUGUUCUUAAUUUUGAUGCAGAAAUUAG